AAUUUCGUCUCCAGUUCAACUUAGACUUGACCGCUAAUGACUUCUUCUCAUUAGUGCUAUGAAUGCACACGAUCUUUUGACAACAUACGUUUCCCGAGUACAACCGAGGAAGUAAAUUGGAAUUUCCAUUUCGUGUGCGAGACAGCUUACAAACUUAGGGGGUGACACCGACAGACCAGAUAUAAUUCUCUCGGUGAAUAACGUCAUCAGUUCUUGGGAACUCAAGAUCACUUGUCGCUCUGGACAACAAGAGUGCAGUUGGAGCUUUCCACAUUUCAUCAAAUUAGAAAUGAAAAUAAUAUUUUUGGCUCUGAUUGUGCAGUGUUGCAUCAACUUUGCAUUAGUACAGGCCUUCGUGAUAACCAGGGCAACCCAUGGCAGAGACGCUUUCAAGAUACCUGCUUCAAUUUGCAAGCGAAAUGGCGCCCAGUCAGGCAGCGAUUGCAAAUCUUUCUACGCAGUGGAUAGAGCUCGCGAUUGCUCCUGUAUGUGUCCUGCCAGAAAUGCGACAUUUGCUUUUCACAAAAGGCGAUGGUCGUGCGUUGAAAACCGAAAACUGAGGGGACAAUUAAAUCGAGGCUGUGGUUUUAUUACUUCGUUUACUACGGAGAAUGCAGACAAACGCUUACCAACACUAGCCUUUGGUGAGCGGAGAGAAAUUUCACUGUGGUUUGUUUUCUGGCAGUUCUGGACUUGCACAUUGGAUAUUCGCUCUUCUUGGUAUUUGGGAUGCAGGGGCUCGAAAAUUUCCUUAAGAAAUUACUACAACUCUGCGGUGAAACUUUUCACGCUUAGUCGCAGAGACUCAAAUGCGCCAUACGUCCUGAGGGUAAACAAAAAUGUACCAGGUACAAAUAUAUUCCGGGGGAAGAUAAUGAAUUUGGUUAUGGACUGCAGAGUGAUACAGACUACACAACGGGUCCAAUUUGAUUCAGGCUGCCUUCUUUUCAAGCUUGUAGGAAAUGCCAUAUGCCCUGUAACCAACGCGACUGUGACAAGAUCUUCAACCAUACAUUCAAUGGAAAAAUCCUUAAGAGUGCUGUCAACUUCAAGGAUAACACCUUCGCACUCUUCAAUCAUUCAGCAAAACGCUUCAAGUGCCAUCAUGUCUGUCAGUCCAUCACAUACCCUCGCUAUCUCCAAGGUUUCGACAUACCUCAAAACCCAAACGACCAUCACCGAAAUUUCCUCGAUGACCUCUGCUACCAACUCUGCUAUCACCGAAAUCUCACGCACAGACUCCACCUCCCAGCCAACCAUCUCCGUAGUUUCAACCAACUGGGACACAACCAAUAUCUCGCCAACAGCCUCCGCUUCGCAAUCGGCAGUUUCACAACCAACCGUCACGAAGAUUUCACCGACAACCUCCGCUACUCAACCAUCCAUCUCCGAGAUGUCACCCAUAGCACCCACUACCCAAAUGACUGGGGGUGUCACCCAAGCAACAACUUCCGAAGUUUCACUUGGUGCUUCUAAAACGCAAGCAAUCCUCUCCAAAGUUUCACCACUGGUACGUAACACCCCGCAUGUACAGCCUGACAUCGACAUUUCAUCGACAGCAUCCUAUGCCUUGUCGGCGGCCUCCGUAGUUUUACCACGGGUGCCCGGCGCUCAAUCGACUGCCUCUGAAGUUUCGCCGACGGAGCCCCAUACCACACCGACUGACUCUGAGAUUUCAGAAAUGCCACCAAAAGGUCCUGGUACUUCCCAGACACCUCGCAUUCUCCUGCCGCAGACAUCCCACAAUAACCAGACUGGCUUAGCAUCAAAUGUAAGACAAUUUAACUUACAUAUAAAUUUGCUUUUCUCACAGGUAAACAAAAAUGUACCAGGUACAAAUAUAUUCCGGGGGAAGAUAAUGAAUUUGGUUAUAGACUGCAGAGUGAUACAGACUACACAACGGGUCCAAUUUGAUUCACGCUGCCUUCUUUUCAAGCUUGUAGGAAAUGCCAUGUGCCCUGUAACCAACGCGACUGUGACAAGAUCUUCAACCAUACAUUCAAUGGAAAAAUCCUUAAGAGUGCUGUCAACUUCAAGGAUAACACCUUCGCACUCUUCAAUCAUUCAGCAAAACGCUUCAAGUGCCAUCAUGUCUGUCAGUCCAUCACAUACCCUCGCUAUCUCCAAGGUUUCGACAUACCUCAAAACCCAAACGACCAUCACCGAAAUUUCCUCGAUGACCUCUGCUACCAACUCUGCUAUCACCGAAAUCUCACGCACAGACUCCACCUCCCAGCCAACCAUCUCCGUAGUUUCAACCAACUGGGACACAACCAAUAUCUCGCCAACAGCCUCCGCUUCGCAAUCGGCAGUUUCACAACCAACCGUCACGAAGAUUUCACCGACAACCUCCGCUACUCAACCAUCCAUCUCCGAGAUGUCACCCAUAGCACCCACUACCCAAAUGACUGGGGGUGUCACCCAAGCAACAACUUCCGAAGUUUCACUUGGUGCUUCUAAAACGCAAGCAAUCCUCUCCAAAGUUUCACCACUGGUACGUAACACCCCGCAUGUACAGCCUGACAUCGACAUUUCAUCGACAGCAUCCUAUGCCUUGUCGGCGGCCUCCGUAGUUUUACCACGGGUGCCCGGCGCUCAAUCGACUGCCUCUGAAGUUUCGCCGACGGAGCCCCAUACCACACCGACUGACUCUGAGAUUUCAGAAAUGCCACCAAAAGGUCCUGGUACUUCCCAGACACCUCGCAUUCUCCUGCCGCAGACAUCCCACAAUAACCAGACUGGCUUAGCAUCAAAUGUCCCCCCUACUCUCAGCCAGGAUCGUGAAAGAAGUAGAGACAAAGAAUCUUCUUCUGCGGGACUCAUCGCUGUAAUACCUAUUACACUCGUAAUCGUAGCCGCCAUUGUUGUCAGCCUCGUGUAUCGCCGUCGAUAUUCAAGCAAGAGGCUGCGUUCGAGAUCAGACACCAUCAGUGAAACCACAAUGGACACAUUGGUGAUGAGCCCACAAAUAGACCGAGCAAACCCGCCUGAUCGUGACAGAGCUUCUUGCAAUACAUUGGAGUCCAAGUAUCCAUAUUCACUCAAUGCGUCACCUUUUGAAAUCCCUGAAUACGACGCACCACUCUCCCAGAUAAACCUUUCGUUAGAGGAUGAAGACACACCAUGCCGCUGGUAUGCUCCAGCAGACAUUGCACAACGUCACCCAGGAAACACCCGAGCGCCGUUUGAUUACGUUCUUGAAAGGCCAAUUACAAACAAAAAACCACCAACAGACCAUGCAACGGAAGACAAUGGACCAGAAGAGAAUAAUAAUAAAAAUGAUAAAAACAAAGACCCAAUGUAUUACGUCUUCGAGGGACCCUACCCGGAAGGUGUAGAUGGGAAUGGUCAAUCCAGUGCCAUCUCCUCGGACCGACCUGAAGAACCAAUUUACUGCACAGUAAGGGAGCUUUUCCGGGGCUCCUCCCCAAAACCUAAUUCUGAGGUCUCCAACAGUUCCAAAGAUGAUCCAAAAUGUGAAGAUGAACCAAUAUACAACGUUUUGGAAAGACGAUAUUUUCAAGGCUCAAAGGUUCCUGCUCAUUAUCUACAAACCUCCCCAAACGGGCCAAUUUUCGGCUCAAUGGAGAGGCCUUCGUCUGUCGAUAACAAUCGAGAUAAUGUUCCUAAAGAUGCAGAUGAACCAGUGUAUGAUGUUUUAGACAGAAGAUAUUUUGGAGGCUCGAGGGUUCCUGCUCAUUAUGUACAAAUCACUUCAAAAGGGCCAAUUUUCAGCUCAUCAGACGUCCCUUAUUCUGAUCCCUCCAAGAAUGGACAUGAUAGUCCUAAAUGUGCAGAUGAACCAGAGGAGAAAAUUUUGGAGGAGCGUUAUCUUGACGGCUCGCAAGUCCCCGUGCAUUAUGUACGGGUCUCUCCGAAUGGGCUAGUCUUCAGCACCUUAGAGAAAGUAUAUCGAAAUUCCCGCAAAGUACCUAACAAUGAUCCUAAAUGUGAAAGUGAACCAGAGGGCGGAAACAUUGUGGAAGAACGCUAUCUCGAAGGUUCAGAGGUUCCUGAACAUUAUGUUCAAACUUCUCUGAACAAAGUAACUUUUAGUACUCUAGAAUUUCGAAAUGCUCGGGAAGGAUCUAACCAUGAUCGCAAAUGUGAAAAUGAACCAGAAGUCAACUCCCGGGACAGACCACUUUUUAACAUUUUGGAGAAACUUCAUCGGAAUUCCGGCAAAGGAUCUAAAUGUGGUGGAGAUGAACCAAAUGGCAGCAUCGUGGAGGAACGCUACCUUGAAGGUUCAGAGGUCCCUAAACAUUAUGUAAAAAUCACCCCGAACGGACAAGUUUUCAGCACUUUAGAAAAAGUACAUCACAAUUCCAGCAAAGAAUCGAAACAUGAUCCUAAAUGUGGAAAUGAAUCAGAAGGCAGCAUUGUGGAGGAACGCUACCUUGCAGGUUCAGAGCUCCACGGACAUUAUGUAGAAAUUACUCAGAACGGCCCAAUUUUCAACAUUUUGGAGAAAUUGUAUCGUGAUUCCGUCAAAGCAUCUAAAAAUGAUCCCGAAUGUGGACGCGAAGGAGUCGAGGGAGAGGGAAACAUUGUGGAGGAACGUUAUCUUGAAGGUUCAGAGCUCCCUUCUCAUUAUGUACAAAUCAGCCCGAAGGACGCAAUUUUAAACAUGUUAGAGAAGUUGUAUCGGGAUUCCCGCAGAGGAUCUAACUAUGAUCCCGUAAGAGGACAAAAAGGGAGCAUUGUGGAGGAACGUUAUCUCGAAGGCUCAGAGGUGCCUAAACAUUAUGUACAAAUUACUCCAAACGGACCAGGUUUCAAAAGGUAUGAGAAGUUACAUUGCAGUUCUCGCAAAGUAUCUAAAUCUGAUCCCAAAUGUGGAAAUGAAUCAGAGGACAAAAUUGUUGAGGAACGUUACCUUGAAGGCUCAGAGGUCCCAGAACAUUAUGAGCCAAUCAUUCCGAACGGACCAGUUUUCAACAUUUUGGAGAAAUUGUAUCGAGAUUCCGUUAAAGAAUCUAAGCAUGAUCCUGAGUGUGCAAAUGAGCCAGUGGACAAAACUUUAGAGGAACGUUAUCUUGAAGGUUCAGAGGUCCCUAAACAUUAUGUGAAAGUCACUCCCAACGGGCUAGUAUUCUGUACUUUAGAGAGGUCACAUCGCAAUUCCCGAAAAGAUUCUAAAUGUGAUCCUAAAUGUAACAAUGAAUCAGGGGGCAGCAUCGUGGAGGAACGUUACCUUGCCGGUUCAGAGCUUCCUUCACAUUAUGAACCAAUCACCCCGAAGGACCCAGUUUUCAACGUUUUAGAGAAGUUGUAUCGGGAUUCCGUCAGAGGAUCGAAAUAUGAUUUCGAGCGUGGGACUGAACCGGGAGACACAAUUGUAGAGGAGCGUUAUCUUGAAGGUUCAGAGGUCCCUAAACAUUAUGUACAAAUUACUCCUAAUGGGCUAGUUUUCAGCACUUUGGAGAGGUUACAUCCUAAUUCUCGUCAAGGAUCCAAAUGUGAUCCUAAAAGUGGAAAUGAAUCAGAAGGCAGCAUUGUGGAGGGACGCUACCUCGAAGGUUCAGAGGUCCCUAAGCAAUAUGUAGAAAUCACUCCCAACGGACCGGUGUUCAACAUUUUAGAGAAAUUGUAUCGGGACUCCGUCAGAGGAACUAAACAUAAUCCUGAACACGGAAGUGAAUCAGAAGGCAACAUUGUGGAGGGACGUUAUCUUGCAGGAUCAGAAGUCCCUAAACAUUAUGUACAAAUCACUCCGAACGGGCUGGUUUUCAGCACUUUAGAGAGGUCACAUCAGAAUUCUCACGAAGGUUCUAAAUGUGAUCCUCAACGUGAAAGUGAACCAGAAGGCAGCAUUAUGGAGGAACGUCAUCUUGAAGGUUCAGAGGUCCCUAAAAACUACGAAGGACCUACGAAGGACCCAGGACCCAGGACUCAGGACCCAGUUCUUAACAUCCUACGGCGGUUGUAUCGGAAUUCCCGCCGCAAGGGAAUUAAACGUGAUCCUAAAUGUAGGAAAAAACCAGACGGCGACACUGCAGAGGAAGGUUCCAAGGAAACUACUUGCUAACGGCGCUGCGAUAUCUUAGACAGUGAAAUUAACGAUACAUUGGAAACAAGAUUUUAUCAGGCGAUAGGUUUUAUCCAUAUUUUGAUAGACCUUGUGUGUAGUGUUCUACAAAAGUACUAUACUCCCGGGAGGGAAUCCCAUUUAAAAAUGAUAGGGUGCUCGUCGUACCUUGAAGGGGUUAAAAAAGAGGUUUGGGUACCUCUUAGAGUUUUCAGGUCAUGUUGCAGCUCUCGUAAGGUCUCACAUGAAUGGCUUGAAACUCUUUAAGAGGGCAAUAGAACAAACAAAAGAAACAGUGCCCCCUAGCUCCAAAACAAUAACAGCUGCUGCAAUGACGACAAAUAGAAUUACAAGCUUGGGUGUUCAGCCUCCAAAGAUCCACGGUGGGAGCUUUCGCGAUGCCUUUUAAGAUAUUGAACGGAAAACAAUAUGACGGGAGAUGAUGUGUUGUUUUAGAAUUCGUACCUCUUAGGGGGACAAAAAAAUUCAAGUCACGUCCACAAAACAGAAUCUUGGAACCUCUUAGGGGUUCUUUUUAAAAUUUCCCUUUAGCACCGCGGUCCUUUUUAUAUGGGAGUCCACCGAGACUAUACUGCACUACAACUACUUUAACUUUAUCGUGGUUAUGGUAGUAUCUUUGAUGCCGAAGCUGUAAUCUUAUUUUUAGAUUUAAAACGACAAAGAAAUAUUUAUUACGAGACAAAUAUUUCAGCUACAUAACGAUCAUAGACGAUUUAUAUAAACCACCCUGGUUUCAUACAGUAUAUUCGGAACUCGUUUCAAUAACAUUCAAUGGCAAAACCCUCAGUCACAAUGCUUUAUUUUCAAAACAAUGCUCUGUGACUCUCAGUGUGUUUAAGAACGCCCGAUAACUGUUUCAAAAUGCAAAUUUCCAUGAGAAUUGAUCUUACGAAAUUUAACAGUGGCUUAUUCGCUAAUGAGAUAAGGUCAGGUUUGUCUAGUUUCCACCAAUACUUUUUGAUGCUGAGACGAACAGUGCGUUCUGACAGUUUAGUGGUGUUGAUUACAAUUAAGGUGGAGUCAUAGAAACUGAACUACAAUAUAUAGAAAAUCUAAAAUAUGCAUGACAAACUACGCAUGCAAACAAAUACGCCGCUUUUUCUAGUCGAGAUAAACAACUUCAGUAAUUGUUUUAGUCAUAAAUAAAAAUAUAUGUACACAAGAAAGGAAGAAAUUUAUCAAUGGAUUACUUUUGUUUGACCUUUGCCGGCCGCUUGAGCAACUGUAGUAAUCGUUGUUUACUUGAUUAAAAUAAACUCGCCAAUAGCAGUUAA